AGAUGAGCUUACAGGACUGCCAAUCAAGCGAGCCACCAGGUUUGAGAAUAAGGUGGGAUCCAAGAAUGUAGUGGCUGGUGAAUCACUGAUCAAAAAGCGGAUUUUUGAGAGAUUCUUCAUCGAUCUAGUGGCCGGUGAAUCACUGAUCAAAGAGCGAGCAGCCGCCAGGUUUAAUGAUUUUGUGGGAUCCCUGGAUGUAGCGGCUGGCGAACCGCUUCUUCUUCCACAAAGAUUCAGACAAAACCGAGCUUGGAUAGAACUGAAGAAGAUUUGGCGAACGAAGAAAAAGGUAAAAGGGUUUAAAAUUAAGAAAAUCAAAGGAGGUUAUUCAGUAGCCAUCGCAGGUUUCAUUACUUUUCUUCCAUUCAAAUUCAAAAAAGCUCUUAAAAAAAAAAGGAUAGCGAAAGCUCAAUUCACCAUUGAUAGCUUUAUCCCUAAAAGGAGGGAUAUUGUGAUAAUAGCGGCAGCAAACAAGAACUUGAGGAAAAAAAAAAAAGAUAGAAAAAAUUAUUAAUAAUCCGAAGCCCACCUUAAUCCAUUUUGUUGAGGAUCUUGCACUUAUUCCGGCCCUAUAUUUACAUAGCCAAGAAAGGCUCUGGUGAUCAUGCAUGACUGCGGAGCGCCUAUCGCCCUGGCACGGCACUCUAAAAUGCAUGUUGGGUUGGGCCAGCAAGAAGACUUCGACUAGGGAGACGAAGAAUGGAAUUGAAGAAGGCAGCAUAGUAUAAGAUAACAGAAUGGAACACCAACCAACGAGUAAGUGGUGGAUUUGGAUGGAGUCUCGCAGAAGAAGAGUACGCGCGCUAGCGCGCCCCAAGACGUCAGUCCUUUUUCUGCUUGCUGGCCAAGGUCAGUUUACUGAAUCCCUUCCAAACACCAACCCAAUCUCCAUUCCUUGAUGGGAAAUGAGCAAGACCAUAUGUUUCUAAAAAAUAUAGCCCCUAUAUAAACCUAGCCCUUACUACCCGAACUUCUUACCUUCAAAUAAGACUAACUGCCCGAACCCGCUUACUUAUCUUCUACGAUCUAAUUAAGUUAAGCAGUGGUUAUUUUUUUUUUUAAGUGACUAGAACUUCUAUUAACUACUAUUCUAGCACCCAGCUGUGCCAUGUGUUUAUUCUAUUUUGCAGGUAUUCCUUUCUCAUCUUUUCAGGUAAGAUAAUUUGCAGAUCUUCUUAGUCAGCCUAUCUGUAUUCUUAUCCUCUAGUGCGGAUCCAAUCUGAUUUUAUGAAGCCAAGGCCUGACAUCCAUUGUGGGGAUCAUCUUUUAUCGGGAGACAUGGCCUGGUGGUUUCUGAUCGAGAUUCCUAAUCAAUAGGGCGAAGAGCUCUUCGCAUGAUCUGGUCCUACCUUUUUUUUCUACGCUAUUUUUUUGCCCCUUCUCAGCUGCUGUCCUUACUCCGGAUAAAUUGGAACACAUUGAUUCCGUUCGUUCCUGCCCUUCGCUUCAGGCCAUAGUGCUUCUGAAUUAUUUCUAUACCCCUUUGAUGAGGCAGCCUCUGACUCUCGUGGGUAAACUCCUACUUGAUUAGUCAGAACUUCUCUGUCUCAACUCGUGGACCUAUCUAUCUUCUUCUUUAUAAGAGAUAGGGCUAUUCUCACGGAUUGCUCAUAUUUUUUUACCCCAUUUAAAAGUUUGUGCCUUGUUUCAGCCCUUCCUUCAUCUGAACCUUCCAGUACUAAUCUAUCUUUAUGGGGAAGACCCCUCGUCUGACCUCCGAGCUACCCUGUCAAUUGUAAAAAGUAGUUGAGUCGUGUCUCGCAGGAGCAAAAAGAGUGAAAUGAGGACGUAAGCCCCCCAGGUCUUCCUCUUCCUUCUAAACAAAUUGCUUUCGCUUGACUCUUCCAGUAAAAAAGUAUACUGAGUGGUUGAAGGAAAGCGAAAAGGAAUGGCUUUUUCAUGUACCAGAUCCGGUGAGCCAGACAUCAAGCAAAAAUGGACAUACAAUCAAAGAGUAAGGAGCAGUUAUUUGCAAUGACGGGUGGAUUGGUCAGAGCUGCAAGGAGAGACUCGGUUAUGGUGCGAUAAAGAGCUUGCUUCAAUGCUCGGAUUCAGGUAGAAAGUAAGAGCAGUAGCAUAUUCAUAGGAGAGCUUUGUACUUUAAAUUAGUAGUCCCGGUAGUUGGAAAAAAGCUCUGAAUACAGAUUCAAAGCAUCAAGAUAGGUAGUCCGAUCAUUAGUUGGCCAGUCAUAGCAAUUUAAGUAGAAAGCUAGCUUCGGGAUCAGAUCAUUCAACUAAAGCAGUCAGGCCGGGUAGGCUUUGAGGAACAUUGGGGGUUCCUUAUGUUGUGACUGAGCAGAUAUGUCUAUUGUGCCCGGCAAAAACGGAUUUGCAAGGAGUUUGCCAAAGGCUUUCUCAUUCGGAAAAACAAUUAAAAGUAUAUUUCCCUUCUCCAUUCUCUGCUCGGAUGAUUGCCGCUUGUGUGAAUUUCAUUGCUGCGGGUCCCGCGUGUGCUCGAAUAAGAUUGUUUUAGGAUUCUAUUUAGUUGAAUUUAUUGACUCCGCGGUGCUGGUUAUCGAGUUUAUGGCGCCGCCGACCAUCCAAAAAGUAAAAGAUGGCGUCGGCAUUUACUUAUUAUGCUCUCUUCUAAUAGUGGUCCCUUGGUAUUCAGGUUGUAAAAUCCUGAUAGGAAAGUCGACUGUUAGACCUUGUUUUUGUAAUGGCCUAUCUUCUUUAAAAAGCCGAAAGAUAAGGAUUUCUAAAAACUUUUGCGUUCCUUUUUCUUUUUUAGGAUGCUGGUCUCAUGUUUGAUCUGGUAGCGAUUAAAGAAUGAAUCUUGCUCUGGCGAUCAUGGUGGGAUUGGUACACCUCUAUAUGCUGUAAAAUGAAGGUACUCUUGAGUUCAUGCUACGACCGCCGAUUGUUCCUGUGACCACACGCCGUACCAACAGAAAACUAUCAACCUAUCGGUAUGGUUUGUUGUUCACGUGUUAUGAUCUCGCUCAUCAGAUUGUUCCCCCCCCCCCUGGUCAAUGGCGGUGAGUUGAUUGACCAAGGCCUUCCCUUACGACGAUGGAAUUUCUUCCAUCGGCAAGAGUACCUUUGUUUGUCUCCUUCAACUUUAAUGAAAAGCCUAGUCUCUCGAUACUAACUAAUUAGUUAGGAGAGGUGCUUACUUUUGUAGUUAAGGAUUCAUACCCCAUCCCAUUCCUUUUUCUUUUCAAAGAAAACCUUACCAUUUUUGUUUUGGGCCGCUGUUACCAUUUCCAUUUCCGGAACCUAAACCUAACUAAUACUUAGUUGUUUCCAUUUCCUCAUCUGGUGAUAGAUCCUCAUCUUCUUCUGGCUCAAAUCCCUUUUUCAUAUCCAGGGCAGGCUUUAGGUACGCUUUAGUUUGAAAUCAUUAAAGAUAUGCUCGACCUCGUUUAUGUCCAUGGUACCAUCGUACGUACCUUCUACUAUCAACCAGAUGAGAUAGGGCUUUGAAAGGUCAGAGUCAGUCUCCUCUUUCUUUUAGGUCGUUUAGCAGUUCCCCAACCUGCUUUCUCCCCGAGAAAGCCUUCCUGAGAUUAAAAGAAAAAGGUUUGAAGGUUGAUCUCUGGGAUCAGUGAUAGUUCGGAACCAGCAAAGGGAGGCUGAAAAGCCGUAGUGCUAACGCACGCCCUGUAGUUUUGAAGCAGGCUUCGACAGCUGCGAGCUCCGCGUCGAAAAGCGAAGCGAGCCGCGCUAGCGCGCUACUCUUCCUUUAUGAGCGAGACUCUAUCCAGAUCUACUUGAUCUAAGAACUCCGCGAGCGAACUGAGCGAGCCAUGAGGCGCCUAUCGGCAAGGCUUGGAAAAGCCUUAAGUUUAGGCUCCCUUCCUUCACUGAACUGAUUCACCCGGGUCCAAACCUGCUGAGCUAGCUAAUUUUUCCUUUACGAGAUCUCGGCUCUUCGGAAUGAUUGGAGAAAGCCCCGCCUCCUCUUGGUUGGUGCCGGGCCCGAGAGUGAUGGGACUACUUCCUGAAAGAGCCUUUCGUUCGGGCCGGCAGGAGGGGCCCUGAUCUAUCAAUUGAGGGAGCAAAAAACAGGCUUUGCUCCCCUUUUUUUAAAUGAAGAAAGAAGGGUCGAAGUUUAGACCGCUCACAGUAGUUCUACCCAUAGAAAAGAUCAUGAAAGAGGCGAUCAGAAUGGUACCCGAAUCCAUUUACGAUCCCGAGUUUCCAGACACAUCGCACUUCCGCUCGGGUCGAGGCUGCCACUCGGCCCUCAGACGGAUCAAAGAAGAGUGGGGAACCUCUCGCUGGUUUUUGGAAUUCGACAUCAGGAAGUGUUUUCACACCAUCGACCGACAUCGAUUCAUCUCAAUCUUGAAGGAAGAGAUCGACGAUUCCAAGUUCUUUUACCCCACUCAGAAACAGUUUUCCGCCGGACGACUCGUAGGAGGUGAGAAGGGCCCUGACUCCGUCCCAAACAGUGUACUACUAUCGGCCCUACUAGGCAAUAUCUACCUACACAAGCUCGAUCAGGAGAUAGGGAGGAUCCGGCAGAAGCACGAAAUUCCUCUUGUAGUGAAAAUCAGAUCGGUUCUAUUAAGAAUAGGUCGUCGUAUUGAUGACCAAGAAAAGUAUGGAAAAGAAGCAAGCUUCAACGCUCCCCAAGACAACAGAGCCCUCAUAGUGGGGAGGGUAAAGAGCAUCCAACGCAAAGCGACCUUUCAUUCCCUUGUUUCGUCGUGGCACACCCCCCCCACAAGCACCCCCAGGCGAAGGGGAGACCAGAAAACGCCUUUCGUUUUCCCUCCUUCAGCAGCCCUAGCCGCCUUCCUUAACAAGCCCUCGAGCCUCCUUUGCGCCGCCUUCCUCAUAGAAGCCGCUGGGUUGACCCCGAAGGCCGAAUUCCAUGGUAGAGAAGGCUUUAAUAAGAAUUUGGCCAUGAGAGACCUUCUUAAGUAUUGCAAAAGAAGGGGCCUGCUGAUAGAGCUGGGCGGGGAGGCGAUACUAGUUAUCAGGUCAGAGAGAGGCCUGGCCCGUAAGCUGGCCCCCUUUAAAAGCCAUUCCUUAUUAAUAAGGAUUUGUUACGCGCGAUAUGCCGACGACUUACUACUGGGAAUCGUGGGUGCCGUAUUUCUUCUCAUAGAAAUACAAAAACGUAUCACCCACUUCCUACAAUCUGGCCUGAACCUUUGGGUAGGCUCCGCAGGAUCAACAACCAUAGCUGCACGGAGUACGGUAGAAUUUCCCGGUACGGUCAUUCGGGAAGUCCCCCCGAGGACGACUCCCAUACAAUUCUUGCGAGAGCUGGAGAAGCGUCUACGGGUAAAGCACCGUAUCCAUAUAACUGCCUGCCACCUACGCUCCGCCAUCCAUUCCAAGUUAAGGGACCUAGGUUAUAGUAUCCCUAUCAAAGAGCUGACGAAGGGGAUGAGCGGAAGAGGUCGUCUACUGGACGCGGUUCAACUAGCGGAGACUCUUGGAAAAGAUGGACUAAAAAGUCCCCAAGUUAGCGUAUUAUGGGGGACCGUCAAGCACAUCCGGCAAAGAUCAAGGGGGAUCUCGUUGUUGCAUAGCUCAGGUCAGAGCAAGGUGCCAUCAGGCGUUCAACAGGCAGUCUCACGAUCGGGCAUGAGUGUCCUGAAGAAUAAAUUGUAUACUCCCUUUGGUCGGAAGGCGGCGGGGGAAGGAAGGGGACACUGGGCGGGAUCUUUCAGCAGCGAAUUCCCCAUACAGAUAGAGGCGCCUAUCAAAAAGAUACUCCGAAGGCUUCGGGAUCGAGGUCUCAUUAGCCGAAGAAGACCCAGGCCAAUCCACGUGGCCUCUUUGAUCAACGUCAGCGACAGAGACAUAGUAAAUUGGUCCGCGGGCAUCGCGAUAAGUCCUCUGUCCUACUACAGGUGCUGCGACAACCUUUACCAAGUCCGAACGAUUGUCAACUACCAGAUCCGCUGGUCCGCUAUAUUCACCCUAGCCCACAAGCACAAAUCUUCGGCGCGGAAUAUAAUCCCAAAGUACCCCAAAGACUCAAAUAUAGUCAAUCAAGAAGGUGGUAAGACCCUUGCAGAGUUCCCAAACAGCAUAGAGCUUGGGAAGCUCGGACUCGGUCAAGAUCCGAACAACGGCGGAGCACUCAACUACAUGUUUAAUAAGUAGUUGUCUUUUUCUAUUUGGAUUUUUGCGAACAGGCGUUUACAUGAGAUUAGUUGAGUAGGCUUGCCUUAGUUGUCUGCUAUAAGAUAGCUAGUUGUGGGGCUUUCGAAAAAAAAGGCUGAAGGCUUCGCUAUCGCUCAUGGCUUGUAUUGUAGUCGUAGUCUUGUAGUCGGCCCUCCAUGCCUCUUUAGUCUUUCUAAUCCUGAGGCCUUUUUCCUUCAUUCAUUUUGCGGUAGCUUACGCGUCAGAAAAAGGCCUCCUUUCCGGCCCGGAAGAUCGCUUCGCUUCUGGCGACUAGCUUCUACCCACAAUGGCUGAAGCUACCUUGAAUCAAUCAAUGAAUGAAUGAAUGAAUGAUUCGUAACCCCCAUGGGUUCGAGGACCCGUUGGUCAAAGGAAAGGGGGGGGGUCCAGAUUCCAGGACGGAGCCGUAUGAGGCGAGAGUCUCACGUACGGUUCCUUUGAGAAGGGUGUGAUACCACCACCUAUCAGGCCCGACGAGCGGUCCACGGAGCUGCAUCCCUACUCACCCGGUCUAUGCACAUCGCUCUUUCCAGGAGGUUGGCCGCCUAUCCUAGAUCUUCCCAUUUCCAAGAAGAUCCCUUGUUCGAUCUGGUUUAGUAUCAAGGUUCUUCUUUUUCUGUUUCUAUAUAUAUGGGUCCGUGCUGCAUUUCCACGAUAUCGUUAUGAUCAAUUAAUGGGACUUGGCCGGAAAGUGUUCUUGCCUCUAUCAUUAGCUCGGGUAGUCCCCGUUUCAGGUGUUUCAGUCACCUUUCGAUGGCUCCCUUAAUGUAUGUGCCAGGAAGUUUCUUCUGAAGGGGGCUACUCCCCGAAAAUGCCCCGCCCCUUGUUCGUUUGUCGUUGGGGAUUCAUUGCUCGUUCAGCGGUUAUUAGUCACGUAGCCAGCCUAAUUUCUAGAAUAGGGCAGCGGGCGGGAGGGCUUUGUUUGUGCAAUCUUGCUCGCAACACCCUCUCCUCCGGCGAACCCGCGAUCGCCGUCUCUAACUGAAUGCUCAACUGAGGUCGUGUACAACAACCUUAACCGCACAAGCCUGGGCUGGGCCUACCCCCAUCCCUAGAGGAGCCGUAUGAGGCGGAAGCUCCACGUACGGUUUUGAAGCCGAGCCUUUCCAGCAAUGGGGCCUAGGGACC